CUAUGGAGCACCGCGAGGAGAGCAGAAAGUCUCUCUCCGUCGAUCUUCAUCCUCUUGUUCCUCCUCCUCCUCCUCCUCCUCCUCCUCCUUCUCGUUCCAGCGUGGAGGAGCCGACUCACUGGCCAGAGAACUCGAGUCUCUCCUGCGGAACAUCCCCGGCAGUUUCACGUCGACGGUCAUCCGGAUCGACUCGCGGCCAAGGUCGUUCGUCAAUGUUCUCUUCUGUGUGUUCGCCAAUCGACGUAGGGGGACGUCGAUUUUAAAGGGAGCGAGUUCAAUUAAUCCAAGUUUGUGAAAGAAGAAUUGUGCUUUGAUUUUUCUUCGUCGAAAGGAUCGUGUAAUUUUGAUAAAUGAAGAAGAUGGAAGAAUCUGGAGUAUUGUGGAUCGACGAGUGAUUUUCACGAUGGAAUUAAUAGUGGGCGUGCACCGGUGUUUCUCCAGAGGAUUUUGGAUAUUUCUAUGUUUGAAGAUUUUUUAGCAAUAAUGAGAUUAAGGGAAUCGAUUGGGAAAAACGAAUGACGUCGAUGUAUAGAAAUACAACCAAGAGAAAAGCCAUAGGGAGCCUGCAAGACGUGGAUCUUAUUCUAAUAUAAUUUAAAUUGAAAAUGUCUUGCGUGGGGAUGUCCUGUUACGAAGAUGGCUUCCGGUUGGCUGGUCCCGCCUCGGAAUGCUCUCUCAGGAGCAAAGCUCGCAUUGAUGCCCUUUUCGAGGACUCCAGAUCGAUUUACGGAUCCAACAUUGGGGGAUGGUACGGUGGGGUAUCGACUGUGAACUCGAAUUACGUGGAGAACGUGGGGGCGGAGGAGCAAAGGCGGGUGAACAGCGCCGUACAAGCGCGGAUCGAAGCGAUGUUCGCCUCGGUGGAGGCCGAAAGCGGAACACCCGAAGAAUGCGUCGCUGCAAUUUUACCGGUGAAAUACAUGGGAGCAGCUCCAGUAGGUGGUCGUGUAGCCAGCGUUCGAGGUCUCCAAGAGCCUCUGCGUCAACUUCUGGAAAGGAUCGACGACUCCGUGAGAGCGGAACUCGAGGUUUCGAGACGAGGGCUCACUUUUCGCAUCAAUGACGCCUGCGAGAAGAACAACCCCUUUCGCAGAAUCGCCGUGUGGAGCGCGUUGAGGCUACGCGGUAAACGCAUGCAAUCGGGAGAGCUGCAUCACGCUUUCUUGCCGUUGGUAGGCGAUCACGAGCAGAGCCAGACAGGCGAGGAGAAGCACGCAGACUUAUACAGAACAAUGCGUGGACUGAAAACGACAGCGGAAAAUUAUCCACCCAUAUUCGCUGUAGUAAUGCGACGACCAGGUGCAACGAGAUUAUUAGAGUGUCACGCGUUCGCCUGUAAAACGGAAGACGACGCGGUGGCCGCAGCAGCGACCCUCUACAGAGCUCUUCUGGCUGAUCUCGAUGCGAAUCGACGUCGACCAAGGCACACGAAUGGCGUUGGUUGCGUGAGCCUAGCUUCGAUAGCCUCCAGUGAUAGAAAACCCAGCCUAAGUAGCAGACUCGGCAUCAGAACGAACAUUUUGCAAGCAGAAUCUGUUAAACCGACUACUUCGCAUCCUGUAAGACCUCCACGAACGAAGAAGAUCUCGGUGUCCAGUUCGGUAACGGAGGAUGAAACCUCGAAACCAUCGGAAUUACAAAAAGCACCGAGAAGGAAGAAAAAGAAUUCAGACGUGAAAGCAGAAGAUAUUUUGGAGGCACGAGGAAGGAGAAGAGAGACUCCGAAGGAAAAAAUGAUUCCGCUCGUCCAGAAUUUCAAUUCUAUCCAGAAAAACUUCGAUUCGAGGGUAUCUGAAAAGGAGGAAUGGCAAAACUCGAAGAACAAGAUAUUUGGAACUAAAUCGGACUUAAUAAUAUCGGAAAAAAUUGAAAUGGACAAUUUUAAUAAAUCCUCGAGUAAAAUUUACGAUAUCGGAGCUAAUGGAUUGUACGAGACUGUUUCCAAUAGAUACGAGACAUGUCCUGUGAGUGGAAAAGCAGGGAAAAACGAGAGUCUUAAGAAACAGAGCCCCGAUAAGGAAUCAGAAAGCAUCAAGGACAAGAUGUACGAAAAGACGCGUGAUUCCUACGAACUGAUCCCUUCGAAAGAUAUCUCCAAGAGUCAAGAGACGUAUUCUUCAAAUAAAUCUCCUAAAUCAAACGCUUUGAUCCACGACAGGAUCAAGGACAAACCGACUUGCAAGAGCGAAGAAAACUCGCUGUACGAGCGAGCGAAUAAAAGAGGUAGCAAGGAGAGACUCUAUGAAGAUCAUUUCAAAGACGUUGACAAGAUAUACAGUCUCGCUCAAGAGGAUGUUCAGAGUAGUAGAACCGACAAACUCGAGAAAGGGAAGAUAAGAAGUUCCCAGGAGGACAUUUUCUUCGGCAGAUCUCGCAAAAGUGACUUUUACCAAUUGAAUCAGGAAAAUUUCGAUGAUUCCGUGCCCGUGGAACGAAGAAGAUCGAGGGACCAGGAGAAAUGUACAUCCGGAAGACGAGUGAGCAGAGUGGUCACUAUGGACAAGCCUCUGAAGAAACAGUUGAGCGACUCCACGUCGAAUUUGGAUUUAUCCGAGUAUAAUCAGCCGAGGAUCAGGAAGAGGAGCAGAGCUGGUAGCGAGCCACCCGUUAGCAGAUCCGAAGACGCGACCAAGAAUCUUCAAGAAGGCAAAUUGAAGAGAUCUCAAAGCGAUAUCGACGUGGAUCGAGGAGAUUUGAUGACCAGGGUCGAGUUACCUAGAAGAGGAAGCUUUUUGAAUCCUGGAAGCGCUAGAAGGCCUAAUAGCAUCAAAGGUGGCACUCCUCUGGGAUUCACAGAGUUGUUCGACGAGUUUAGAAACCAGGAAGGCCUGACCAGUGUUGACGACAUCUUGGCAGCUAUUAUCGGUAAUUAUCGUUCCAUAAAAUUGAAAAUAACCCACAAUAUAUAUGUAAUAUUUUUAUAUUGUCUUUUUCAUUUAGAUCCCGAAGGGAUGUCCUUCAACGAUUUGAAACCAUUGUAUAAAGAGUUCUUGUUGAAAUUGGCGGCGACGUUGACACAGGAUGAGUUGUAUCAGAGGUCAGCGAGCAUAAUGAGAAGACGUCGAAGACCGCAACGAAGACGAUCGAAUCGACGAACCUGCUUACUUGGCAGGGCUAUCAAGAGGUCGGUGUCGAGGCUGAAAGGUGGACCGACAGAAUUCACUUCCGUCAUAUUCCCUGCAAAAAGAUUGAACGAUAGUUUCGGUAGCAGUUCUUCCUGCGAUGUCAGAAACAAUCACAGAAACCGCGUAUUGGCUAGCAGGCUGGCGAAGAGAAGGUCUUCUUGGAGGACGAGUAAAAAUGCUUGCCACACUACUUCGGAGGACAGUGAUACAUGUAGAAGAUUAAACAGAAGCGCAGGCGUUGCCGCGAAUAGGAGCAGCAGUGGUUACGUGAGUUGCAGCGAGUGCAGUUACGAUUCUGAGUCUUGCACCUGCGUAUCGGCGGACAAAUGUUAUUGCUCGUUGUCCAGAAGAAUUCCGGAACAGCCUCAUGUGCCUCCAAACACGGUGGUGUGCUCGUGUGACACCGACAGCUGCUCCGAGAGCAAUAAGUGUUACUGCGCCCGACAAUCGAUUCGUCCGACGAUACUGGAACAACUGAGGCAAAGGGGCAUCGUGCCCUAUGAAAGUACCUUAAGCCGAGCCGGAAGUCCAGACAGAGCACGAGCGACGAAGACAGGGAGAGGUCGAACGCCUUCUCAAGGUUUGGAUGUACUCAAGAAGCAGUCGUCAUCAAGCUAUGGCAGUUCGAACAAUCUCGCCCUGGAUUACGAUCUUUUCAAUCCAGAUCGGAAAUCUCAACAAUCGUCGGACAGUGAAAAAGUGUUGGUCGUUAGUGCCAGAGACACGCAGGGUCGUUUGGUGUACGUUGGCGGCGCAGACAGGAAUAAGAAAUGUCAUUCCCAUUCUUCCAGUCGAUCUGGAGCGCAUCACGAAGCCCUUUCCAUCAAGAAAAGCGCGGAAAUCGCGGCAGUCUUCGGGGCUGAUUCGAAUAGGAUCAGUAGACGAGCUAGUAAUGCCUCCAGCAUUAAGAGUUCCAUUAGUCUCGAGGCUGGACUAGGAUAUUUACCAUGAUGAUUCUUAAUGUUAAUUCUUCCUAUUUGAUCUAAUCGAAAUGUUUUAAGGAUAUAAAAUAUUUUUUUAAGUUAUGGAGAAAUCGAAAAUUAAUAAAUUGAUAAUUAAUAAAUGGCAAUGAUGUAAUUUUAAAUAGGAAGAUGCCAAAGAGAUUAAAAAAGUAUAUAA